AUGGCUGACGAAGAGGAGCGCAUCAAAGCUGAGAAGCUGGCUGCCGCCAAGAAAAGAGUGGCCCAGCUUCAGAAGCAGAAGAAAAAGGCCAACAAAAAGGUCUCGCCCGAUGCCGACGCGCCGAAGGAUUCUGAAAUUACCAAGGGAUCUGACACUGUUGCGACGGAACAAACUCCCGGAGCAGAAGACAGUCCGUCAGCAGAGGACAAGCCGCAGGAAGACACCAAUGUAGAGACCAGCAACGAGCAAUCGACAGAUCCGGAGCCAGUCAGUGCAGAGCCAGAACAAGAACAACAAGAGAAAUCCGAUGAAUCCACCGAAUCGCCAGUCGAACCUAUGCCCCCGGCACCCGGCUCCCCAGAUCCAGAUGCUGAGCCACAACCCGCUCGACUGGAUACACCCCGGGCGGGCCACACCCGCGCACCAUCUCUGUCAAUUCAAUCGAAGAUGAGAUCCUCGUCUUUCCGCAAGACUUCUGUGUCACAAGGCAGCCAUUCGCCAUCCCCAAUAAACUUCAAAUCACCCCCACCAUCACUACCACCCCUGACCGGCGAUGGAGAUUCAGUGCAUGAGGUGUUCCGGAAACAAUCGAUGCGGAUUGAGGAGCUGGAGAAGGAUAAUAAGCGCAUGGAAAAUGAACUGGGCGAUGCGACGGCGCGCUGGCGGAAGACAGAAGAUCAAUUAGAAGAUCUUCGAGAGGCCAGCGUGGAUGGGGCGGAGCUACGGGAGAAAUUGAAGGAUGCAGAGGAGAAGGCCGCUGGUAUUGAGUCAUUGAAAGAGGAAAUCGCCUCGCUACAGCGCCAAAACUCACAACUACAGUCCCGAUCACACCGCAACAAUGCCAGCUCUGUGCCCGGACAAUCAGAGUCGCCUCCUGUUGAUCUCGUACGCCAGCUGGAGUCUAAAUCGGCUACAAUCGAGGCUAUGGAGUUGGAGAUCUCAAACUUGCGAGCUCAGAUAAACUCCCAGUCGUCGUCAAACAGCGCACAUGAGACCCAAGUUGCCGCAUUAGAAGAGAAGGUCUCCCAAGGCCAGAGUGCCCUUGAAAAAUCGCAAAGUGAAUUGGCCGACGCGAAACAAGCACUAACACGGGCUUCGGAAAAAGCCGUGAAGGAGGGCGUGGACAAAACAUCCACUGAGACCCUGAUCAAAACCCUUGAGCGGGAAAUCGAAGGCCUGAAGGGCGAAAAGUCUGAGGCCGGAAAAAAGAUCGAAACUCUCGAAAAGAAACUUCAGGCCAUGGGCAACCUGCACAAAGAAUCAGAGACCCGUCAUCAGGCCAGGCUUCGCGAGAGCGAGAAAUCAGACAAGGAGACAAGUGUGCUCCGCAAGAAACUAGCCAGCAUUGAGAACGAGAAUCUCCGGCUCCGCGAAGAACUCGAUCGCAUGAAGAAGCGAGAUGUAGGAGGAACCGACGACGACGCCCUUGACGAACUCGAAGACGAAGAACGCCAGCGUCUCGAGCGUCGGAUCCGCGAGCUGGAAGGUGAGGUCUUCGACCUCCGCCGCGGUGUCUGGGAGGAAAAGCGCCAUGAGCUCACAGGCCAGCCCUUCUCUGACGAGAACCCCGAGUACUCUACCGGUGACGCCGCAGCCAACGCCUUUGACGACGUUGAUCUUGUCGGCGGCCGUCCAGACCACGCUCGUCGUCGUAGUAUGGCUAAUCAGCAACAUCAUUCAUCUUUCUCCACUGUGUUGUCUAGUGGGUUCGCCGCGUUCACAGGGGGUAAUAAUAACCCCAACCGUGCCCGUGCCGGCUCUUCUAACCCACCUCACCCGCAUGGCCCCGCAACGCGCGGUAGUCUCGAAUUGCUGUCCGAGGAGAACCUGGAUGAUGAGUUCGACGAAGCGGAGUUCACCCGUGCACAGGCUGAAGAAGAAGCGCGCAAGCGUGUCGAGUGGGUGCGUGAAAUCAAGCGUAAGCUUCGCGACUGGAAUUCAUGGCGCUUGGACCUGGUUGACAGUCGAGCUGGUGCUGAGGGUGCCGGUGUGGGAAUGGGAGAGAUCUUUGAGGUUUAG